AUGCUCCGCCGCACGCUCCGCCGUCUCACCGCGCAUAGCGACCACAGCGGGCCGUUGAACGCUCACCAAGUGCUCGGCGUUUCCCCGGGAACGCCCUUCGAGGAGGUUCAGCAUCGCUUCUAUGAACUCACCAAGAGGUACCAUCCAGAUGUGGAGAACGGUGACCCCGUCAAGUUCCGAGAGAUCAGCGCCGCCUACCACUUGCUGCGCGCGCAGUACCGCGUGUCGUCGACCAGAGGAAGCGCUGCCGGCGAGGCGCGACGCUCGCCUUCCUCGCGAUCCCGCCAAAGGGAGAAGCGAGAGACCCCUACCGGCGGCGCCUUCUGGGCGGAACGAAACGAGCAGGUGCGCAAGGCGAAUGAGCAACGGGAGCGGGAGCGCUGGGCCGCCGAGGAGCGCGACCGUCGACAGACAGAACAUCGUAGUUUUCUUCGCGAGCUGCUCGUGUUCCUCAACGGAUCAGAGAUCGCCAUCUCGAUUGGAACGGUAAUUCUUGUUCUUCUGUACAGCGUUGAGCGCUAUCACACGGUGCACCGCAUGCUCGCCGAGAAGCGACGGCGGCUUAAGAACAUGGACGAGGGCCUGCCCCCUCCGAUGCCGCUGGAGGUGGAUAGGACGUUGAUUGACAAGUACAGCACACUGCCGGAGGCUAGAGAGCAGCAGAUUGAUGCGCUGCGCAUCCGCGAGGAGUCCUCCUACCGCCGUGCUACACAACGGAAGUUUGAGGACUUUCGGGAGUUCAUGUUCGUGUACGACCCAGAGGCGAUUGCAUCGCGCAAGGUAACCUCGACACGCUUCAGCCACCAAUACAUGAGGGAAGAGGAGAUCCCAAAGCGGUGCCCUAUCUUGCGCGAGUUCAACUCGAAGAGCCGCACGCAUCAUUACGGUGCCAUCCAGAAGGAGCUCGAGCAGGCUAUUCGUGAGACGCCGUGGUCAGCGCCGGAUGCCGGCUACGCUGGCUCACUCGUGGCGAAGGGGCUGAACAGCAUCGCGAUGAACAGCCCUAACACCACCAAGUGGACGUUUAUCGAGUACACAGACAUGAACAACGGCUCGAAGAACGCAAAAACAACAUGCCUGGCUGCGUUGCGCAACCUGCGCUUUGAGCAGACGGGCAUGUGUCAGCGCAUCGCCGUCACCGGCAAGUCCAAGCUCCAGCCGAUGCUCGUGGCUCAACGGGAGAAGGAUUUGAAGGAAGGGGUUUUGAAGAAGCGCGCCAUUGUCACGGGUGGUGAACUGCCGGUGAAGGACCUGUCAACACCUCUCGAGUCUAUGAAGCUGUAA